CACACGGGCAUCACCGAGGUCGCAGAGUGUGUGGUCGUCAAGGCUUAGCAGCGCUGCGUAUCAAUUGCUUUUCCAAGCUCGGUGAAGUGAGAGAGCGAGCUCCCCGGCUUCAAGGUGAUGGUGCCGGAGCAGUAAUGGAUACAGCCAUGGCGUGCACGAGUGGAAGGGCGUUCUCCCUGUUAGACGUUGCGGCGGUGCGGCUCGGAAGCUUGCCGACUCGGAGGAGUUGCGCGGAGCAGAAAUUGGUAGUGAAAUGGAAAGGGGAGGUGCUUGGACUGGGACCAGGAUUGAGAUUGGGAUUGAGAUUGGGAGUGAGCACGCGGGGGAGGCGAGGGAAGAAAGCUGUAUGUCGCGCGAGCUUCGAGCUCGUGGAGCAUUUGCAUGGGCUGGUGUUGGGAGUCGGCGUGGGAUUGCCUUGCACUGUGAUGGAAUGCGGGGACGUCGUGUAUCGGAGUACGUUGCCGCGACAGGGAUUUCAGAUUACGACGCCCGGUGUGGCGCUGACCGUGCUUAUUGUGACGUAUCUAUGGGCUACGCCAGGAGUCGCGCCGGGCUUCUGGGACAUGUUUGUGCUUGCCCCUCUGGAGAAUCUCUUUCGUCCCAUGUUCAAGAAGGAGGAUUUAAAUCUUGGGAAGAAGCUAGGUGAAGGUGCUUUUGGCACUGUAUACAAGGCAUCCCUCGUUAACAAGCAGCUACUGAAAAAGGACGGCCCCUUGGUAGUGAAGAAAGCAAAUGAAUAUGGAGCUGUAGAGGCUUGGAUGAAUGAGCGUGUGAGACGCGCUUGUCGCAAAAGUUGUGCAGAUUUUAUUCAUGGUUUUCUCGACGAGACUUCAAGUAAUGGGAAAGAUGAGUUCUGGUUAUUGUGGAGGUAUGAGGGAAGUUCUACUUUGGCUGACCUGAUGGGUAGCAGGGAUUUCCCUUACAACGUAGAAGAACUUCUUCUCGGACCAGGCAAAGGAGGUGAUUUGCCCCGGGGUCCUGAACGUCAGAACAGAAUCAUACGGAUUACAAUGCGACAGAUUUUGAGCGCACUGGCCCAGUUGCAUUCAACUGGGAUUGUACAUCGUGAUAUUAAACCUCAAAACAUCAUAUAUUCGGAAGAAACCAAAUCUUUUAAAAUUAUUGAUCUAGGAGCCGCAGCCGACUUGAGAGUAGGGAUCAAUUAUAUUCCAAAAGAGUUUCUAUUGGAUCCCAGGUAUUCAGCGCCUGAGCAGUACAUUAUGAGCACCCAAACGCCUUCAGCCCCUCCUGCUAUCAUAGCAGCUGCACUUUCUCCUGUUCUUUGGCAGAUGAAUCUCCCAGAUAGAUUUGAUAUUUAUAGUCUGGGUCUCAUUUAUUUACAAAUGGCAUUUCCGAACCUCCGCUCUGACAGCGGGCUCAUUUCUUUCAACCGACAGCUUAAACGCAGAGACUACGAUAUGGUUGAAUGGCGGAAAUUAGUCGAGGCCAAGCAAAGCCAGGAUAUUAAGCAGGGUUUUGAAAUCCUGGAUAUGGAUAGUGGUGUUGGAUGGGAGCUUGUACAAGACAUGUUGCGGUUUAAAGGCCGUAAACGCAUCAGUGCAAACGCUGCGCUGGCACAUCCUUACUUUUCAAGAGAAGGAUUGCUUGGGCUUUCUAUCAUGCAAAGACUAAGAAUGAAUGUAUUGCGAGGUGCACAACCGGACAAUGAGGGUGUUGAUUGGGUGACAUCGCUCAUGGCGAAAUCUGGAACAGACAGUGUGGGGGGAUUCACAGAAGCUCAGUUACAAAGCAUGCGGGAGAAGGAACCAAAGGUUAAGGGUUCAGUCCGUCGCAAUGCGAUGGCGCAAGCAUUGAGAAUACAGCGAAAAGCCGCUCGAACCAUUGCAGCAACUGUGGAUGAAAUUCAGAAAGGUGAAGGUGCUAAACGAGUCAACUGGUGGAACCGCUGGCAGAACUAGGGGCGACAAACGAAUGGAUCUGCUUGUUGUGACCUAUCGGAGGCAAUUGCAGCGCGCAUCUUUUGUGCUCUUAAAGCGUACUGAACUCAUUGUUGGCUAUCAGUCACCUGCUGGUCCGGAUAUUCAACAGCUGAUGACAUUGGUGCAGCCACAUAACGUAAGUUCCUUAAGUGCUAGACGUCAGUGAUAUAGAUUUGAGUUGUGUGUAUGAACUCUGAUAUCUUCGAUGAUGAAAUGAUAACUGUAGAAUUGUAGACUACCUCCUUUGUAUAUGAAUUCUGUAACCUAUUGUGGGAUGUCUAGUUUGAGAGUUCAUGGAAAUUUUUACACUCA